AUGUUGAUAGGACAAAGACGCCAUCUUGAAGAAAUGUUGAAAAGACACCAAGGUCUCUUUGCGCGGGAGCUUUGUGAACUAGGUCGAACAACAGUUGUGCAGCACGAAAUCUAUAUUGAAAAGAGACUGUCGAUUAAGCAGCAAUCCUAUCCUACGUCCAAAAUUGAACAUGAAUUUAUUGGACAAGAAAUACAAAGAAUGGAAAAAGCUGGUUUGAUUCGGCUAUCGAAUAGUUCGUGGGUGUCUCUGGUCAUCCUG